AUGGAGCCCAAAUUUAUUCAGAUUGCAGCUCUAGGAAGGGCUCUGCAUCCUGGAACUCUGUAUGACUGCCGCAAUGAUUCCUUCAUUCCAGGUAUCUCUCUAUGGGAUAAUGAAACAAUAAAAAAGGGUUUGGAUUCACGUCGUCAGCCCAAGACCGAGCUGAAUUUCUCUGCAUCUGACUCUCUCAAUGAGAAAGCCAAACUCCUAGAUGUGAGCGCCUCCCUUAAAGCUAGUUUCCUGGGUGGUUUAGUGGAAGUUGGAGGCUCAGCCAAGUAUAUGCGUGAUAACAAAUCUUCAGCACGUCAGAGCCGGGUUUCUCUGCAGUACAGCCAAACAACAAGAUAUGAAUCACUUACUAUGGAUCAAAUAGGAAAUAUCACCUAUCCUGAAGUGUUUGAGGAAGGAACUGCCACACAUGUUGUUACUGCUGUAAUGUAUGGAGCUCAGGCUUUCAUGGUGUUUGAUCUAACAACCAAUGAAAAUGAGGACCAAGAAGAGAUCGAGGGAAACUUAAAUGUAAUGGUCAGAAAGAUGCCUUCAUUUUCCAUUGAGGGACAAGGAGCUCUAGCCAUGAGUGAAUCAGAAAAGAAACUAGCUAACAGUAUUAAUUGUACAUUUUAUGGUGACUAUGAACUUGAGCAGAAUCCCACUACUUAUAUGGAGGCCCUCCAGCUGUACAGAAAACUUCCAUCUCUUCUGAGGGAGAGGGAGAAUGAUGCAGUACCAAUGAAGGUGUGGCUUUAUCCCCUUUCACUACUGGGUGAAAAAGCAGCUACCCUUGAGAGAGAAAUUCACAAGAUGCUGAUCACUGAAGCAGAAACUUUACUGGAGGACCUGAGAUAUGCAGAGACUCAAUGCAAUGAUCUAAUUGCAAACAUGACUAUAAACGAUUUCCAGGAUGUGAGACAAAGGCUGAAGAUGUUUCAGGAUUUCAUAGGAAGCUACAAGAUGAUGUUUCUAAAGGCUCUGUCUAGGCUCAUUCCUGCUAUUCGUGGUGGAACGGAGCAGGAGAAGGCCUUAACAGAAAUCAUAGACAUCCAUCAGAAGUCUCCGUUUAGAGCUGAGAAGCUGAAUGAGAGGCUUGAGUACAGUCAUGCAGAAGUAAAUCUGAUGAAUCUCUAUACCAAACAACUGAGUGGUGUCCCUGUUGUAAAAUACUCAGCCCUGAUGAACAACAUGCUUAGUGAUCCCACUGUUGAUAGUGUGGUGUGCUUCUGCUUCACUUCUCUGAUGGAUGAAGACCCAUAUCUGUCAAUUCUAACAAAAUUUCUGAAAGUAGAUGAGUUUGAAAAACUUUCAGUACCUCUAGAUUCAGCUGAUCAAGACAUCAAGGUCUGGUUCCACAAACCUGAAGUAAUUGAGAAAAUAAAAGAUAAGCUAUAUCUCUUCAAAGGUUUUUUCCAAGCUAAUAAAGACAAUACACAAAUGAGGUUUAUCAUUGUGUCAGUCUCCGAUCCCUCCAAUCCUGGAAUCUCUAUCCGUCUUUAUAAAAAAGGGAAAAUGGUAGACAGUGCAUUUCAACCUGUGUCCAAACCACCUGCACCUCAGGUGGACAUUCAGGACAGAAAUAUAAUCCUGAAGCUGCAGAAGUCCCCAACUGGAUCAACAGAGCGGUUCAGAGUGGAAUACCGGAUAAUAAAUGCCACUGAUUCUGAAGCUGAUGUAGAAAAAUGGGAAGUGAAAAACACUCCAGAUGCUCAGGAGAACUUCACACUGACUGGACUUCAGCUAACAAAGCAAUACAGGAUUCAGUACAGAGCGAUUAGUGAAGUUGGAAUGAGUGAAGCCAGCGACUCUGUCCUCUUCAACCCCCAAGGAAAAGGAAAAUUACAGUUUCCUUUGAACCUGAAAUGGGGCUGGUCAACUGAAUACUUUAUCACUGAGCUUAGAUCCAAACUGAUGAACAGAUUGGGUACAUCACAGUGGAGUCCUUCAUCCAUCCAACCAGUGGUUAAAAAUCUUGUGAAAAACCUUCUGGUUAGCAUCACUAUCAUCACUAGCCUGUUAGCCCGGUUACCGCUAGUACACCUUUUUCACCGUGGCCGUGGGGAAGCAGAUCCACGACCUACAGAUGAAGGAGGCCGACCUGGAAGAUUCCAGGCGCGACCUGGAAGCUUCCUGAAAGCCGUGCUGGAAGCUUCUUGGUCAGUCGCUCACCUGUCUCAGUCCAGGCCCAGCGCACCCAGGAAACAGCCUGCCCAGGUGCUGUUCACUCCGGCACCAGGGUACAGCAGUCCCUGGGUGCAGCAGCGGAAGACGCGAGCCGGCCCCCCGGUCAAGGACCUCUCCCCCUCCGCCCUCACCGGUUUUCGAGAUCCCCACCCGGAACCCCUUCGCGAGACGGACCGCGACGCUGUGAUCAUCAGAGACUCCAACAUCCGCCACGUCCAUGCCUCUGUCCCUAGGGUCGUGAGCAGAAACACCAGAGCUGUGGUUCUUCACGCUUGCAUGAACAACACCAGCCUGAGGCAGUCGGAGAUCCUAAAGAGGGACUUCAACACCCUGGUGGAGACGGAUGUGUUAUGA